GAAGAAAGAAUAGUUUAGAAGGACCAGGUUGAGAAUGGAUGCAAAGACAUAUUCAACAGCGCUUUUACUGCUGUUUUGCUGUCAACACAUAAGCUCCAAGGAAUCAAUUAGAAUUAGACGAGACACAGAUAAAAGAACAGACGAAAUUGUAGAAGAAAAAAGAAAAUUUGACUCGAUCGGUAGACAUGGAAUGUCAGGAUUUGUGAAAAGACGAUUUGACUCGAUAGGGAAUGCCGGGGGAUUCUCUAGCUUUGUAAAGAAAAAUGAUGCAGAUGAUGAUAAAACCAAACGUGGAUUUGAUCGAAUAGGAUCAGCUGGUUUAAGCGGAUUUGUUAAGCGACAAUUUGAUUCUAUAGGCGGAGGCAGAAUGAGUGGAUUUGUGAAAAAAGACGACGACUUACAAAAACGUCGGUUUGAUUCUAUAAGCGGAGGUGGAAUGAGCGGCUUUGUAAAAAAGGACGACGAGGACAUGGAAAAACGGCGAUUCGAUUCUAUAAGCGGAGGUGGUAUGAGUGGAUUUGUCAAAAAGGACGACGAAGACAAGGAAAAACGGCGAUUUGAUUCUAUAAGCGGAGGUGGUAUGAGUGGCUUUGUCAAAAAGGACGACGAAGACAUGGAAAAACGGCGAUUCGAUUCUAUAAGCGGAGGUGGUAUGAGCGGAUUUGUAAAAAAGGACAUGGCUAAAAGAAGAUUUGAUUCAAUCAGCAGAGGUGGAAUGAGCGGAUUUGUCAAGAAGAACGACGAUAACAUAGAUAAACGACGAUUUGAUUCAAUUAAUGGCGGCCGAAUGAAUGGUUUUGUUAAAAAGGACACAGACAAACGGCGAUUUGAUUCAAUUAGUGGAGGCGGAAUGAGCGGGUUUGUUAAAAAAGAGGCAGAAAAACGACGAUUUGAUUCAAUUAGUGGAGGGGGUAUGAGCGGGUUUGUUAAAAAGGACGCAGAAAAACGACGAUUCGAUUCAAUUAGUGGAGGGGGAAUGAAUGGUUUUGUUAAAAAGGACACAGACAAACGGCGGUUUGAUUCAAUUAGUGGAGGCGGAAUGAGCGGGUUUGUUAAAAAAGACGCAGAAAAACGACGAUUCGAUUCAAUUAGUGGAGGGGGUAUGAGCGGAUUUGUUAAAAAGGACGCAGAAAAACGACGAUUCGAUUCAAUUAGUGGAGGGGGAAUGAGUGGGUUUGUAAAGAAGUCCGACGACGAUAUUGAAAAACGUCAUUUUGAUUCAAUUUCUGGCGGCAGAAUGAACGGGUUUGUUAAAAGGGACAAUUCAGAACAUACCAAUAAAAGCGAUAUGGACAAACGGCGAUUUGAUAGAAUUGGUUACGGUUUUAGCAGCUUUGCAAAACGACAAUUUGAUCCUAUAUCUCGUGGGUCAGGUUUAAACAGCUUUGUUAAGCGGCCCUUUGACGGAAUCUCUAGAGGAGCAGGAUUUGCUAGUUUUGCUAAGCGACAUUUCGAUUCUAUACAUGGCGGAUAUGGUUUAAGUAGCUUUGCAAAAAGAAGGUUCGAUUCAAUAAACAAUGGUCGCCUUUCAUCAUUUAACAAAAAAAGUUUUGACUCAAUACAGAGAGGUGGAAUGCGAGGAUUUGUCAAGAAAGAUUCACUUGAAAUUUAAACAAGUAUAUUUAUAUGCAUAGACAAUACAUUCGUUAAACGUCAUCUGUGUUUUUGUUUAAUCGGUAUAAUGAGGAAUAAUUAACUGUGAUACGACAAUGUUUAAUCUAAAAGGUUGUUUUGGAUUAACAUCUAUGAUAUUGUUGGAGAAAUGUGAUUAUAAUGGAGCCGUUAUAUAUACCAUAUAGGUUUUGUAAUAAUUGAAUUAACAACGAAUUAAUUUGCAAAUAAAUUUAAGAGCUGUUAAUAUACUAUGAUAAAUUGGAGAAAUAAAAAAUAUAUAUAUAAGAUAAGAGUGUAAAAACAGCAAUGAUAAAAAAGAAAAAUUUACAAAUAGACUUUUUUUUUAAACCCUUAGACAAAAGUCUAUAUGAAAUAUUUUUCUUAAUUUCUGUGAGCUAAAACUUACUAUAAGAGUAGUGUAUUUCAAAAAUAUUUGAAAAAGUUUAGAUAUGCAAUAAGGGGUAAGAAAGUGUCAGAAUUCCAUUUACAAUGUUUAUCGGUCUUAGAAUAUUUUAUAUAAUGUACAAAUGUACAGACAGAACGUAAAUACUUAUUUAUGAUAUUUUGUUGUUAUUUUGAAAGUUUGUCUACAGAUAUACUUUUACAUUGCCAUAUUGUUCACUAUUUUUGAUCAAGUAAAUGAGACAA